AUGCAGCUACACUGUAAGGAGGAGGUGAUGCUUCCCCACUUUCUCGAUGGGGAUGACCUCGGAAAGAUGGGUAAUUUUUACACGGGCGGUUUUGCCCUUCCCGACGCCAAAGUGACUUUGGGAGCCUACACACCUUUCUUUGCAACCGUCCCUUUCCCUGUUACACUCAACGCUUCACACGUGGAGUAUUUUUUUACGGCAUUACAACAGCUCUCACAGUUGGUGCAUGACGUUGCAGCAAACUGCAUACCCGGUAAGGAUAAUAUUUGUCAUGUCAAAAGGUCCUUGCUCAUCUUUCAUAUCGACCAUUUUGUUCAGAUCACUUUCGCUGACGCGAAUUUCAUGCGCUCGCUCACACCAGUGAGUGGCAAUGACGAAACAAUCGUAGAGUAUCUUAGCCUUAUUCGCUGGUUUGGAGAUCAGCUUGUGGUGCGGUGGCGAGAAGCACUACAGGUCGUUUCAUCUUUUUCCUUCAACAGUUCAUCCCAAUCACUGCAUGAGUCUUGGAUUGCGGUGAAGAAUACGGCAGACGCCAUCAGCUUCCACACAAUGCUGCAAAAGGAUCUCACACAACGGGUUUGUAUCCACAUUUCAAAGCGGUGGAAGAGUGGUGCUUUUACUGUGGACGGCGAAGUUUCACUUUGGUUUCGCCUUCUCUGGAUUACGUAUGGUUUUAUGACGGCUUGUAUGGUGGUCAUAGCAGCGUGGGUGUCGUGGAGCAAGCCGACGCUGUGGGGUCCUGUAUUCACGACGGUGGCGACCGCGCUGGGUUUCGGUAGUUUUUUGGGCUUAUUCAACAUGCUCACGAUGCGGCAGUCACGUUGCCUGUGGCUUGCAAAACUCCUUUCUGAGAAUCACCUGGCGGAUGCUAUUGAGCGUCAAACAGUGCAUGAGCAUCUUCAGAUGGGGAAAGUCGCUGAGUUCGCUAUUCGAUGCAAGGAUAAUGCCUUGGUUACGCUGGCAAUCAAGAGCAGUGUAUUGAACCGUCACGUUGUCAUGAUUGGCAUUGUCAAUACCGAAUCGCUUGCUAUUUGUAGUUGGAAUGAAGCCGCUCGGGUGGCAACGGACAUCCUGCCGGGGCAGGCGGUGGAGAAGUCCCUCGAGGCAGUGAUGGAUACAAGGAGCAUUGCAACCGUCCGUCGCUUAUUCAGAGAGUUAAAAUUCAACCCACGGCAGAAGCAGCGGCUGCUCUUGAACAAUGUAAGGAGGGAAACCCCUGUCGCUAUUGAGGCAUCAGUUACCAUUGCACACGUGGAUGAAAUUCCAAUAGGUAUGAUUGUCGGAACUAUUGUUAAGGAAGAAGAAGUAGGAAUGUCGUACUUUUCACGUGUGAGUACAUUCUCCACGCUUCGUGCUUUAAGCUUUGACGGCUGCACCUGCCAAGUUGUACGCAAUUUAGUAGUAAAUAACGGAUGGGUCUCCCUCAUGCAGCGCACGACGCAAGCAACGCGAAGCUGGUGUUCAAGUACACUCGAAGAUUUAUUAAAAUCACUGAGGGAUGCUUCAAGUUCGCAAGUUGAUAUUCAGCCUGGAAGUGGUAUACCAAUGCAAUUUCAAUGCGACGCUGUUGGUAUCCAGCAAUUGCUGGCAAAACUUAUGAAAGACGUAGUUCUUAAUGGAGAAGAUCGGAUGCUACUUGAGGUGACAUGUGUAAACUGCGGCGCAGGAACGUGUCUGGCUCUUCAAUUUGAUGCCAGCGUGCCCGACACGUCGCGCAUCGAUCUUGAGACGCAUCAGGAUGUCGUUGAACUCCUUAGUCUCAUGGCUUAUCUUACCCGGAAUUCCCGCAGGCAUCUGCAACUUAUUGUACCCAUCGUACUCAAACCUUUUGGUAUGGAGGUGGAGAAUGACAGUAUUCUCGAGCACAGUGGAAAACGUCUUCUCACGUACACUGUUGUUUUACACGAGCCAGAUGUUGUCUACAAAAAUCAUUUAAUCGGAUUCUGCAAUCAAUCGCAGCACCACACCUUUGCUGUUGAAUCUCUUGACAGGCUUGAGGCAACACUUGGAAAUUAUUCCCAUGAUGUGGAUGUAGUAAUAUUGAGUGAUACUUCACCUGAAUUCGACGCGUGGUUGAGUUUUUGUCGCGAGAAGAGCAUAUUUCUGACAAUUACACGAGAACGCUCGGAAAAUAGCAGCGGGUGUCUCGGUCUGAGCACUGAUGGCCCACCCCGUUACGCGGAUGAUGGCGACUAUGUUCUGCAGAAGCCGGUGAGUGAAGACCGGUGGUUGCGUUUUUUGAAGUACCUGAGUGAGUUGAAGGAGCAAGAGCGGACAGUGCUUUCGCCUGCUCCAAUGGCGUGGAAUGUAAUGCAACGGAUAGGUGAAGGCUCCUGCAGCAUUGUAGACCUCGUGCAGGAUAAGCUGACAGGGGGUUACAUGGCGUGUAAGACAGUUAACAUCGCCCAUAAACGCUCCCUCAAUGCUUUGAGAGACGAGGUGAAUAUCAUGCGUCAGUGCUCUAGUCUUUACAUAAUACAAUGCAUUUCCACUUCUUACUCGCCAUCGACUGCGGAUUUUCGAAUGUUUCUGCAGUAUUGUCCAACUUCUCUUGAGCGAUACGCUCGGAAUAAGAGAGUAACAACAACGGAGCUGGCAUUAUAUGCCUUUCAAAUAGUUAGUGCAGUUCAACAUCUGUAUGAAAAGGGUAUUGCGCAUCGUGACAUUAAACCUGCAAACAUAUUGAUGAUGAAUGAGCGGCACCUUAAACUGGCGGAUUUUGGUUCAGCUACACAGAAACCGUUUGACGAAGGCAACGUGCAUGGCGUCACACUGCAGUUUAUGGCACCCGAGCGACUCUUGAUCCCCACGGAGGACACUUCAUGGCGAACAACACCAAUGGAUGGAUUAUUUAAGGAGGAUAUUUGGUCGAUCGGCUUGACUCUGCUAGAUGUCGCUGGUGUAUAUCCGCCGGUGUUGAAGAAUCUAAGUGAUAUGAAGGACUUCGUGAAUUUUUACAUGCAUCUUCGUGACAGUGGUAAAGAGUUAUCGUUAGAGUUACCUUUAAGCGCAUCAACCGAAUCGCCUGAAAAAUGGGAAUCGUUCCGCAGUUUUGUGAGUAGCAUGCUCAGACUGCAGCAACACAGACGACCGAGAGCCUAUGAUCUUCUCCAGCACCCUUUUAUCAAGGAUGCUGCUGCUGCGUGCGAAUGCAGUGUCAAGGAUGAGUUUGUGUGGCCUGGUCCCUCCAUUUGGUCAGAUCGUGCGUUGCGUCCUAACCAUCAGGUUUUCGAUGACGUUCAAAAAUCGUUUUCAUCGAUGUUCACAGCAACGAGUUUAGAUGAUGCGGAUGAGGAUGCAGAGGAUAGGUUUUCAGACGGUGCCUUUAAUUCGGUUGUUAAAUGA